AUGGCAAAGCGGAGCACCCUGUUCAUCCGGAUGGUGGAGGCAAAAAAUCUGCCCAUUAAGGACAUAACUGGAAGCAGUGAUCCAUACUGCAUUGUCAGAAUCGACAACGAGGCCAUUAUAAGAACAGCGACGAUCUGGAAGACGCUGUCCCCCUUCUGGGGCGAGGAGUACAACGUCCAUCUCCCACCUUCAUUUCACACCGUGUCCCUGUACGUGAUGGACGAAGACAAUCUCAGUCGGGACGAUGUUAUUGGCAAAGUUUCCAUCAGCAAGGAGGCCUUCAGUGCCAAACCACAAGGUCUGGAUGGUUGGAUGAACCUGACUGAGAUUGAUCCAGACGAGGAGGUUCAGGGCGAGAUUCACCUCCAGAUCUCGCUGCUCGCUGAUGGAGAGGUUCCACGCAAACUGUGCUGUAGAGUUCUAGAGGCCAGAGAUCUCGCCAAAAAAGACCGCAAUGGUGCAUCGGAUCCUUUCGUCAGAGUCAGAUUUAACGGCAAAACUCACGAGAGCGCGGUGGUGAAGAAGUCCUGCUAUCCGCGCUGGAAUGAAAGUUUCGAGUUCGAGCUGGACGACACCCUGUCUGACAGUUUAUUAAGUGUUGAGGUGUGGGACUGGGACCUGGUCAGCAGAAACGACUUCCUUGGAAAGGUGCUGUUCAACAUCAACAAGCUUCAUUCGGCACAGCAAGAGGAGGGCUGGUUCCGCCUGGGGCCCGACAAACCCAAACACAGCCAGCACGAAGGCACUCUGGGAUCGUUACGGCUGCAGCUGCGUCUCCGAGACGAGACGGUCCUGCCGUCCGGCCAUUACCAGCCCCUCACCGAGCUGCUCAGUCAGUCCGUGCGGUCUCACCUCAACGGCAACUGGCCUGAACUGAUCAUGCUAAUCGACGAGACCACGACUACUGAGAACAGACAGGAAGUGGCCACCAACCUGGUCAAGCUCUUUCUGGGUCAAGGCCUCAUUAAGGAGUUUCUAGAUGUGCUGUUUAAACUGGAACUAAGAAAAACAACUGAACCCAACACGUUAUUCAGGAGCAACUCUUUAGCCUCCAAAUCCAUGGAGUCCUUCCUAAAGGUAGCUGGGAUGCAGUAUCUCCACAGGCUUCUGGGUCCCAUCAUCAAUCGCAUCUUCGAUGAGAAGAAGUAUGUGGAACUGGAUCCCAAUAAAGUGGAAUUGAAAGAAUCAGGGUGCGCCGGGCUGCACCGCGUGCAGAAAGAAGCCGACGUGAUCCAGCAGAGCUCCGGCCUGCUCCAGUCGUACCUCUCUGAGCUGAUGGCCGCCGUCCUGCAGUCGUCCUCGUACUGCCCGCUGCUGCUCUGCCAGGCCUUCCAGCGGCUCUACCGGCGGGUCCAGGCCAGCUUCCCUCAACCGGAGGACGAGAAAGUGAAGUUCAUCGCCGUGACCAGCUUCCUGUGCCUGCGCUUCAUUUCUCCCGCCAUCAUGUCACCCAAGCUCUUCCACCUGAGAGAGAAACACGCAGACGCCCAGACCAGCCGCACCCUCCUGCUGUUGGCUAAAGCCGUUCAGACGAUCGCCAACCUGGACACAGGGGUGUGCUGCUCUAAGGAACCGUGGAUGGUGCCACUGCAACCCGCCAUCCAGCAGGGCGUCUCCCAGCUCAAAGACUUCAUCACCCGCCUGGUCAGCUGCCACGAUUCAGAAGAUCUUGGUUUGCAAACCCGGAUGAGUCUCCAGUGCGGCACGAUGGAAAAAGAGGGCUUCCUGUUCCUCCACAAGACCAAGGACAGGUGCAUCCUGAUGACGUCCCCCUUCAAGAAGUACUACGUCACCCUGAGCAAAGACACGCUGUCAUAUUCGCGGACGCCCCAUUCCAAGAAGAGCACGUUCAUUUUCCUCCCGAAGAUCAGGGCGGUAGAGAAGGUGGAGGAGAAGUGCUUCGGCAGUGCCAACGUCAUGCAGAUCAUCUCGAGUGAGGAUUCGGGACAGCAGGAGACCCUCUAUCUGGACUGCAAGAGCGUGAACGAACUGAAUCAGUGGCUCUCGGCUUUACGCAAGGCGUGCAGUCGCAACACCAACACCAUGAGCUGCUAUCACCCUGGCAUCUACAAAGCAGACCGAUGGAGCUGCUGCCACCAGAAAGAGAAAACAGACCCGGGCUGUGAUAAGACCAGGCACGGCGUCACCCUGCAGGAAUGGUACGACCCGCUUGACCCAGACCUGGAGGCACAGCUGAUUUACCGGCAUCUCAGCAGCGUUCAACAGGCCAUGAGGGAUAAAUAUAAGAAACUGACGAAGCAGGAAAAUGCUGAUGAAGAUGAUUCUAAUGAAGAUCAGGAGAAGUUGGACGGGUUAGCAAAACUCCUGAAGAUCCUCCAGGAUCUACACGAUGCACAUGCAGCAGUGGAGGAGAAGGAGUGUUUGAAAAAUAAGAACGUUUUCCUGGAGCUACAUACGUAAACUUAGGAUUCACGAAAGACUGUUUGGUCCCAGACUGGCUUUAUUGACAGAAAUUUUAAUGUAAAUUUGCUGGUGUAAAAAGUAAAAUGUGCUGCUCAGCACGUCUGGGGUUUAAGCAAAGGUUUAAGGUUUAAUGGCAGAAUUUUGAAUCACUCAUUUGAAUAUAAGUAU